GUGGAAUAGUAUUUAUCACAGAUAAACAAGAACACAAGCCAAUAGCAACCAGAGAGAAGUAAUUAUGAAGACCCCUCAGUGCCAAACCAGAGUAUCUCAGAGCGGCAGCGCGAGCUACAUGAGCAGCCUCAGCACCAGCGCAAUGAACCCGCUAAGCAGCGCGAGCCUCAUCCUCCUUGUUCUCCUCAUCUCAGCGAUCCCCAUCUGCAAAAGUUCUCCAAUACAACAGCAGAGAGCAACACUAGACCAGUACCAGCUUCUCAACCAGCUAGAAGAUGUGUGCUCAUCCUACCUUUCUGCAGACCUGCCAUUUCGGAUACCCAAUGUUUUAGGAGAACUCUGUGUGUUGAUGCUUGUACAGAAGUCUAAGAAAGGAUGGGACAAUCCUAGUAAAAGGGAUAAUCUCCAGGGACCUGGGGGUAUUCAGAGCAGAGGGUACUUCUUAUAUCGGCCAAGAAAUGGAAGAAGAUCCCUAGAAUUUGAGUAAAUAGUCCCUACUAUACGUUGUACAGAGAUGACACAGAACCAGAUAACCAAACAGGCACAACCAUCUUAGAGUGGUCCAGACCUCCACCAAAACGAUGUUGAAAGAAUGAAGAAACUAAAUGAAGAACAAAGAAAUGAGAGUCUAAGUAAAAUAAUCUUUGUUUGUCCAAAAGUCUUAUUUGUGUUUUGACGAUGUGUCUUUUGAAUUAAAAGCAUUGUUA